UGAUUUCUGUUCAUGUUUUUAGUUUGUCAAAAAACGGCGCCAUUUUUAAACAUUUCGUCAUUCUCCACUCCGUCGGUGAUUUUGUGAAUGAUAAAAAAGAUAGUAAUGAUACACUAAUAAUAAUAAUACACGAAAAUAACACUUAUAAUAAUUGGUCAAAUUGUACAUUAAAUAAUACAUCUGUUCUAUAAUGUAUACUCUGUAUAAAAACGUUAAAACCAGAAAUUUAGUGAAACAUAAUAUGUAAGAAACUAGAUUACAUGUUUUUUUAUGUGAAACUUGCAGACGCUUAUAGGUACUGAAAUAAAGAACUGUUGAACGAUAAUAACAUGAAUCUGCGGGAACCAAAGAAAAAACGACGGGUUAAAGUAAAAGAGCAACCACCAUUCCCAAUUGUGAUUGGUGAUAAAAAUGAGUGGGUAAAUUAUACUGCUUAUCUUACAGAUGUGGGAUCAUGUAUAAUUAAUCCAAAUGAAAUUGCUGCAGUACAUUCCAUGGGAUAUUUUGGCAAAGGUUCAUUGUCACGUGGUUUUCCUUCAUUUGGAAAAGCACGAUAUGGAGCACCUCCUGUUAUAAGAAACAGACAAUGGAUUCGCAGACAAGAAUGGCUUGAGCAAUUCAAUGAACUAAGCAUAGAACCUAAUAAUAGUAAAUCCAUAAAUAUGGAAGAAAACAAAUGUGAAGAGUCUAGCGCUGUAAAUCUUGAAGAUGAAAAUUCUUCCAAAUCUAUAGAAAUGGAAACUAUACCAGAAAUAAUUGAAAUAGAUACAAAUAUUGAAUCCUCUGACAAAAAUCAAAAAGAAGAUAAGUCAUCCGAUAAGGAAAUAGAAAUUAGUCAAGUAAAUCUUGAUUCAAUGAAAGAAGAUGAGGAAUGUAUCAUUGUAAAUAAAACUACUAAUGAAAAGUCUGAGGAGACUAAAGAUGAUGUUGAGGAGUGCAUUGAAAGUGAAGAGAAAGAGGAAUCUUAUUAUGUAGAAGCUUUUGAUUUUAAAGAAGGAGAUCAAUAUAACAUGAACGACACUGAUGUUCAAAGUAAAUUACUUAUUUUGCCAGAUAGUGAUUCAGAAACUGAGAAUUAUUUAAAGAAUAUAAAACCCAAGGUUGAAAGUGAAAGUUUUCCAGUACAAGAAACUCUUCACCUUACAUUUGAAGAAACAUUUUUUCUUUUAUAUGGUUUAGGAUGCUUAAAUCUAAUAGACUUCGAUAGUAAUUUGUUAGACAUCGAUAGUGCUUGGCGUAUUUUUUGCAAAGCUGAUAAAAACUUUGUACAGAAAUAUGUUGUAUACCACUAUUUUCGAAGCAAAGGAUGGGUUGUGAAACCAGGAUUAAAAUAUGGUGGAGACUUUUUACUCUAUAAACAAGGACCACCGUUUUAUCAUGCAUCAUAUAUUGUAUUAGUAGAUGUUUUAGAAGCAGAUUCACUGAUCAGAGAUGAAAGUAAAUCUAUGCAUAAGCCAACAUGGAAUAAUUUAUUUGGAUUAGAACGAUUAUCCGAGACUGCUGCAAAGGAAAUAUUGUUUGCUCAAGUAUUGUGGCCAUCUUCAGUUUUACAAACUUCAAACUCACUUUGUGUGGAUUCUUUAUCAGAGUUUUCUGUAAGAGAACUAUUAUGGAGGCGAUGGAAUCCCAAGAACAAUAAAGAUGAAGAUGAUGCUGAUUAUGAUUCAUGGUAACAGUAUGUGAUACGUAUUUAUUAAUUUCUGCAAAUAAAUGCAUCUACAUUAUAGCUUUGGUUUACAUUUUUUAAAGGAUUAUAUACCUCAUUUUAUUGUUCUCAUUGCUGAAGAAGUUAAUAACUUUAUUAAGCAAAAGAUAAUAAACAAUUUAUUAUUCAUACUUUAUACAUUUAUAAUAUAUUUCUAAGCUUGUUUUCAUCAAAGAACAAUAAAACUUAUGAGGACUUUAA